GAACGAUUUGACUGAUACAUCAUCCAAAAUGAAGAUUGAAGGUCGUACUUUUGUAGUUUCUGGCGGGUUGGUCAUCCUAUCUUUUUGGGGUGACUCGUGCUAAUAACUUCCAGGGCUUUCGGUCUUGGUCGAGCAUGUGUCGAGGAUAUCUGUAAGGCAGGUGGUUACGCAGCCAUUCUAGAUCUGUCUGCAGAAUACGCAGAAGAGUUCAAUCAAGCUGUUGGUGGUGGAAAAACUAAAUUCUUCAAGACCGAUGUCACUGAUACAGAGAGUAUUGCUGCUGCCGUCAAGGGAACUUUGGAAUGGGUAAAGCAGACUGGCAAGGAAAUCGGUGGAGUUAUUACUGCUGCUGGUACUGCAACGUUUGGCCCGGUUAGUACAUUUCUUCCAGAUAUCAUCUUCGAGUUUGUUUUCAAGUUCUGGUUGUUAUAUUUCACAGAGGAAGACAUUUGGAUACUUACUCAGGUACACUGCUUUUCGAGAGGUAUCGUAUUGUCAUGAUGUUGGCGGAAGAUAUUCAUGACACGCCAAGUGGUGUUGCAGAUGGAACCCAAUGUUUCUUCUCUCGAGGUCUUUUGACUUCUUCAUCUUCUGGAACUGUCCAACUAUGGAGCCCUACUACCUGGAGUUUCAAGCGGAAAGAGGCCUCGAUCUACAGCUGUACCGACCUGUAGUUACAGGGUCUGGUUUUAUGUUUCAGGAAACUGCUUGACCCAAAGGCUGCACCCAACAAGCGAAGCGUCACUUUAUUACUUCUAGAUCACAUAUUUCUCUUUCCGCAAUAGGUAUAAUCGUUCCCGGUCUGGUGAAAGCAACAUUCAUUACUCUCCUUUUGAUUUCCAGUUUGAUUCACAAUUCCACUUCUCUGUUUGUCCCUCGCUAAUCACCCUCAUAGAUAAUCGACAAAGAUCUCAAACCUUUCUCUCUUCAAGACCUCGACUUCGUAUUAGCCGCCAACGUCCGCGGGACAGUUGAUUUGAUCCGCCAAAUCGCUCCCCAUCUGGCCCGCACCACCCCUGUUGGCGCAGAUGGAGAAAGGGGAGUCGUCAUUAUGGUCUCAAGUGCCUCAGCAUUCGAUGGCCAAUCUGGACAAGGUAUUUUUACCAUAUAUCCCCUCAGAAGAUAUCCAAUAAUCAAGAUACAAGAGGCCAGUACAAGAGAAUAAAAUACUAACUUCCACAAGUCGCAUAUGCAGCAUCUAAGGGUGCGCUCGUGUCGCUCACACUCCCAUUGACUCGGGAUCUUUCACCCCAUGGAAUUCGUGUCGUUACCGUUGCACCUAGUUUGUUCAAUUCGAGAAUGACUUCUGUGUUGUCGGAUGAGAUGAUUACUACCCUGAAGAAGAAUAUGGAGUUUCCUCGUAAGUCUAACCUAUUUCUUAUGUGGCAAUGAGAUGUGGCGAUAGGAAGGAGCUAACUUUUCAUAGCACGUCCGGGUCAACCUCAUGAGUUUUCGUCGCUUGUGAUACAGAGCAUUGAAAAUGUCAUGUUGAAUGGUGCUGUCAUUCGGUUGGAUGGAGGAUCAAGGUUGCCUGCUAGGAUGGAAUAAGGAGAGGGUUUUCCGUUCCCGAGUCUUUGGCUGGUUCUUGGAC